UUCCGCCUUUGCGCGAUGACGCAUUUUCUGCCUUGUUGGAAGGUGGUUUCGGGAGGAAAUGCUUUGACCGAAGACGCUAGCAAAAGAGAAAACUGGCUGUUGAACCUUGUAUACGUCCGGAAGCUGUUAGUCGAAUCGAGGUUGUCCGCUUAAAAAACGAUGUCAGUCCCCGAAGAGCUCCCAGACAUGGAUGAAGCAGAUCUGUUAGGUCUGCUGUUCCAGAAUGGAGAGAAUGGGCCCACUGAAGACUUCUUUUAUGAUGAUAAUGGGCUAUUUGAGUCCUGGCUGUCAGAACCAGAUAUGCUGUCAGGAAUGGAUACCGAAGACUUUCUGUCCAGCUUGUUGGACAAAGAAGAAAAAACCAACGCCUUCUGCCCCUCCCAGUCUCCUCUGGGGAGUGAUAGUGGCAUUUCUGAUGACAGCAGCACAGGUGCUGGGAAUAACAAUCUCACUGGGUGUUUAAGUCCACACGGCAGUGACAGCGACAUCGUGCCCAGUCCCACCUACUCUCAGCCCAGCCCGCUGCACUUUGAGUCCACGCUGGUCUGUGAGGAGCAGCAGACGGAGAACCUGGAGGCCCUAACGGUCCGAGCAGAUCACAGCUACUCUCUGCUUCAGAGUGGAGACAUAGACAUGGACAUGGACGUGUUGCAGAGCGUGAGGGCGGAGAAGCCAGACACAGAUGUCUUCAUUGAUCUAGACAAUUUGGUGAGUGACACAAUGGAGGAGAACAUCAUCAGUGAGCUGCCCUGUACUUUGGCUAUAGAGGAUUCAAUGGAGGACUCCACCGAGGCCAACGCAGCGGACGAGUUCCAGUUUAAAGAGAUUGUUCUCACUGAGGAGGAGAAACGGCUUUUGGCAAAAGAAGGACUCACCAUUCCCUCACACAUGCCUCUGACAAAGGCAGAAGAGAGGACUCUCAAGCGGGUCAGGAGGAAGAUUCGCAACAAGCAGUCUGCUCAGGAAAGCCGAAAGAAAAAGAAGGUGUAUGUAGACGGACUGGAAAAUAGGGUGGCCAUCUGCACGGCACACAACCUGGAACUACAGAAGAAGGUCCAGAUGCUUCAGAAACAGAACAUGUCUUUGAUAGAGCAACUGAAGAAACUCCAGACUAUUGUAAAGAUGUCAACACUGAAAGCCAGCACAACCAGCACUUGUGUUAUGGUGUUCUUGCUCUCCUUCUGCCUCAUCAUCUUUCCGUCAGUCAAUCCGUUUGGUGGAAACUCUGAACAGAAAGAACUCUACACACCUUCUUCUAUCAUUUCUCGGAACUUGCGCUCCCUUCCACCGGACAGCCCGGGUCCCACACCUUACCUCGAGGACAAGGAGAUCGUCUUUGUGCCCCAAACCGUGGAGAACGCCAGUCCUAGCCAGAAGAAUUACACUCCCGACUUCCAGAAGGUGGAGCAGCCCGACUCGGAGACUGGCGUCAACAGCAACUCGUCGUCAGACUUCCCCGCUCCGGGCCAAGGAGCAGAGAUGCCGCCUGCCGGCAUCGGCGCCUUGCAGGAAGGAUCCAUCGAUGCUGGCGUGCCAUACGAAGUCCCCGGAUCCAAAGAACCGUGGAUCGACCGGAGCCACCCCCCUGUCAUUCUGCAGCAGCACCGCUCUGAUGAGAUGUAGUCCAACCGUUUGUCUACAUAGAACCAGCAGGGGGAGCCAUACUCUUAGUGCUACCAGAGGAAACCAAAAUAAGAGGAAGGGAAAAUGUCCAACCAGAUAUAGGAUCUAUCCGUUUUCCAUAGCUUCAGAGCCCCUCUGAUACCGAAGUUACUUCAUUUGCACUUUCUUCUUUUGUCAUUGCUAUAGUGGAAAAGAGGAACUGGAGAUAUUUAUAUAUUUUAGCAGGGUUAACUACUGAAACCACCAGAAUAUGGCUAUGCUGCUGUAGCUGGGAGCUACACGGGACCUCCGACAGCUCUUGCCUUGUACAGGGGGGUGCAGAAUGAUUAAAAAAUUGUCAACAUGGGAACAUUAACAUAAUAUUAUUGCUUAAUCAAGAAAUUCUUUAAAAUGUGGACCAAAGCCUCCUAGAUACUCCUAAAAAUCUGAAUUGGUACAGCCAUAUUAGCAUAAAAAUAAAUAGUCCAGUUGUUCUUACUGCUAAUUAAACACGCAAUGUAGUGCAAUUUAUGCUGCUUGACUCUCAUGAAGCUUCAAGAGGGAUUUGUUUUACCCUCUUCAUGUAUUGUUAAAGCCAUUGCAGGACAUUUGGCCAUUUUAGAAGACUUGUAAAGUAUUAGUAUUUCCCUUGUAACAAGGGUAUCCAUGCUUUUUAAUUUUGUAGUGCUUUGUUCAUACGCUGUACAGUAAAGUCUAAAGAAGCGCACGAAUCACUUGAUCUUAUUGUUAGCUUACCCCAGUCCACUUCUCUAUAAAUGUCUAAAUGCUGAACAGCCAGGUGUUAAAAAUAAGGGACUUGAUAUAUUUGCAGUAAAGUGUUUAUUCAAAAAGAUAUUGAUCUUUUUUGUAAGUGAAGUUUUUUUGUUGUUGUUAUUGUUGGUUAUCAAUGGAACUGAUUCCAGUCAAAUUAAUUUGUAAGGGUUAUAAGAGAUUUUAAAUGUUAAUCAUGUCCAGCAGAUGCACUGACAUUUGACCUAAUCUAAUUAUGAAGUGUAAAUAUAUUGAAUAUUUCUGUACACAUUGUCUUUUUGUGUAUAAGACAUGUCUCGACAUCUACGGUAAUAAACAUUUUUUAUGAAUAAGAGAA